CGUUGCCAGGUUACUGAUGCUGUACGACGUCAAGUUUUCGGAAUUUGUUGCGUAGAAUUGGUCGAGUAAAUGACUUCAGAUUGCUGCUAAUAAUUAAUUUUGACAUCUGUUUCAUCCAGUAAAGCCAGCCAAAGCAAAGGGGACUUGGUAAAGCAACCAGGAAGAUGGAAGGCACCCCUCAGCAAAGAGAUAACAGGACCAAUGUUCUGUCUGAAGAACACGUCCAGAGUGCCAUAGAGACGGUCCUUGCUAAUAGGGUCCAGUCAUAUGAAGAAUUCAUGAGUGCCUUUAUGGUAUUAACGCCAGAUGAUGUGAGCCAGUUUUCUGCCCAAAGGUCAAAUGAAAGGGUCGAAGGUCAGAUGAUGACCUCUGAAGGGUCAGAGGAGACUUCUCAACUAUUUCAGAUUUCUCCUUCAUCAUCCAGGACACCUGAGCAGCUUCAGAGAGAUGUAAAACAAGUCGAGGAGUUAGAAAUUGAGGAGCUCGGUGAGGACUUUAUUGAUGACAGAGAGAGCCUCGAAUCUGAUGGCAAGAAAAAGUCUUCAAAAUACAUCAAGGUUGAUAACUAUCUUGAUGAGCCAGACAGCGAGAGCGAGCUCCUCAGUGAUGACGAUGAAAUCAUCGAUUUCGAUGACUCCAGCAGCAAGUACGUGGCCUCUUUUGACGCAGAGACAGAAACAGAGAGGGAAGUGGCAAAUAGAGUCCCCCCAACAGUCACGCCAGAGAUGUUAGAGAGAGUGAACGAUGCAGAAGGGAGUAUCGAGACGAGCAUUGCAGAAUCAGGAGAGAGUUUGUCCCUACCCGAUCUUUACCCGGGUGAGGUUGAGGCUGAAGAUGAAGUAAGCUCCAGUCCUGGCCAGAGCGUUCACAUAACUCGGCUCCCUAGUUCUACUGGGACCUAUUCACCAUCGGGAAAUGACAGAAUAGCUGAAAAUAUCACAGACUCUGAGGUGCCUCAGGCCGACGAUGUCCAGCCAUUCAGCAUCGAUCCUGACUUUGACUAUGACAACGUCAUCCUCACCCCAAGUGGGAGCCUGGUCAUCGACCUCCAUCAGGACCCUGAAGAAUCAGAGAGAUACGUUAACCCUUGUCCUGCCAACAUGCCCAGAAUACAAUUUACUCUAUACAUGGUAUUGUCAUCUCUGAUAGUGAUAGGGUUAUUGUUGUAGAAGCCGCGGUAGUCGAUUGGCACAUCUGUUGUGGCAUGUUAGCCAAUUGGAUCAGAUAAAAACCAACAAGUGGCAAGAACAUGUAUGUGCAAUGUAGUCUAUAGUACAGGAUGUGGCAGUAUUUAUGCUAUGUUCCAAUGCUGAGGGAUUGUUAACCCUCUUCUUACCAAGAGUCCAAAUUUCUAAUGUUCUUAUACAUGGUAUUGUCACCUCUGAGAGUGAUAGUUUUAAGGUUGUAAUAUGCCUAAGGCCAAUUAAAGGGCUUGGUAAUAAUUUAUGAAAUAUGAUAUUGAUAUCUCAAAGCCUUGAUUGACACCCAUUUGCCUGCAUGAAUAGGGAUGUAAACAAAACCUCAAAUCAAAAUCAAAUAAGGGUGUCGGAAUGAUUUUUCAAUUUCCCUUUUUGGUUUUUUUUUCACCAUGGUUGGAUAAUUGAAAAAUAUCCACUCAGAAGAACACAUUUCAAAUUUCAAGUUACCGAUAUUUCUAUCAAAAGAUACAGUCCGCCAAAUAUCUGGGUAAUAUUCAUCAAAUUUUUGUUCAGAAUCGACUAAAAAGACGUACUCGCCGAGUUAUAAAUUUUGCUAAACAGCUGCAUCGCCAGAUAUGCAAGCGUACGUAUGUUGCUUAGCUGCAGCGCUACUUGAGCGCAAUCGGCAAGCUCCACCUGUGUUGUUUUCAUUUUGCAUCCGCAUGCGGGUUCAAUCGUUUGCCGAAUGAAUACACAAACACACACGCAUACAAAAUGAUAUUACAACUCCCGAGAGCUGCCUGCCUGUCGGUUGGAGUCGUUCUCAUCUGGUUUUCUUUUUCUCGAGUCUGGUUCAUCUGUAUCAGAGCCAUUCUCUCCCAACUCGAAGAGCUCAGAGAAACCUCUUUGAGAUGCUCUCAGAUUCACUUUUGUUUCUUCCAGUCUCCCUUUCAGCUCUCUAUUGGCCUUGUUUAGUUCAUAGUUCUGCUUUGCCUGCUCUGUGUUUUUCUCCCUAAGGACUGCCAUCUGCCAUUCUACUUUUUGUGCUGACCUGCCGAUUUUUGUGGCAAACUCACCACAGUCCGUCUUUGCUUGAUGUAUCCUCACGCCUCUAGCGCCCUUGAAUUGACGUUCACAAAUCAUGCAUGUGUUCACAACUGUCGAUAAAACCAGCAGGCUUAAAUCUUUUAGCCUUCUUAAGUUCAUAGUUCUGCUUUGCCAGCUCUGUGUUUUUCUCCCUAAGGACUGCCAUCUGCCAUUCCACUUUUUGUGCUGACCUGCCAAAUUUUUUGUGGCACGUUUUUGAAUGUCCUCGAGUGAUGCUUUCGUUGAUGUUUCACCAAACAUGAUCCUGUAACACUGGCCAGUGAUACAUAAUUAGCUAGUCAUUAUCUCUGUAAGUGUAAGAACCGUGUCCCUUUCAGCUCUCUAUUGGCCUUAUUAGUUCAUAGUUCUCAUUAUCAACCAGUAGCUGAAAUACAUAUUCUAUCAUUAUUUACAGCAUCUUUGCACAAUAACAACAAUAUAACCAAUUAUUCCUCAUUCCCAAAAUAGUAUGUCCUAGUUUGAAUUUCCCCCCGUCGUUCCCUGUCACCAACAUAAUUACAACGCUCCGUUACAAUUGUCAUUGUCCUUAUUACAAGUCGGCUGAUUCCUGAAUUUAUUACUCUUACUAGGAUCUCCUCAUCCCCGUCGUUGGCAGAUGUCUCCACUACACGAAUGUCAUUAAUUGUUGAUUCCGAGGCGGGUUGAGGGGUAGAGUUGUUUGCGUGUAUCGGUGGUAGGAAUAGACCGUGCGUCCUUCUCUAGUAUUACUGAGAGUAAUUUUAAUAGUUUCAUACUAUUAAUUAAAUGUAAUGUUAACUGUUAUUGUAUAAUUGUUUUAAAUGG